CAUAGCUUUGUACCAGGGCUUUUAGAAUCUUAGACAGGUCCGAAUAAACUCUCUCUCUAGGUUAGCUAACAGACUGAACCAGAGGUGCUGAGUGAUGAUGCUCUAUGGGGAUACACCGCCUAAUCAAACUAUAUACAUAAAGAACAUUGACGAGAAGGUCAAGAAAGAAGAGUUGAAGAGAUCUCUUUAUGCCUUGUUCUCGCAGUAUGGAAGGAUUUUGGACCUUGUUACCUUGAAGACGGCCAAGCUUCGAGGACAGGCAUGGGUUGUGUUUAGUGAAGUAACAGCUGCCAGUAAUGCAGUGCGACAAAUGCAGAAUUUUCCAUUUUAUGAUAAGCCUAUGCGGAUACAAUAUGCAAAAAUGAAGUCAGAUUCUAUUGCUAAAGCUGAUGGCACCCAUGUCCCAAGAGAUAAGAAAAGGAAGCAAGAGGAAAAAGUAGAAAGAAAAGGACGGGCUGAAGAAGCGCAGCAAUUUGCCACUGCUAAUCGUACAAGAGCUGACAGUAAUGGAGGCUCAGCUGCUUCCUUCCGCCAAGGAAAGCCGAGUACAGAAGAAGCAGAUGCAGCUCCAAAUAAUAUACUUUUUGUACAGAAUUUACCAUAUGAGACGACUAGUACGAUGCUGCAAGUGCUGUUCAAUCAAUAUCCCGGUUUCAAGGAAGUUCGAAUGAUCGAAGCAAAGCCAGGCAUUGCCUUUGUGGAAUUCGAGGACGAUGUGCAGUCCUCGGUUGCCAUGCAGGCUCUUCGGGGCUUCAAAAUCACUCCUCAGCACCCAAUGGGCAUCACAUAUGCCAAGAAGUAACCAAUUCAUUUUCGCAGCAAGUGCUUCAUUUUGUUUUCCUAGGUUGAGCAACUUUACUAUUUGAAGAUCUUACUCUAAUCAUAUAGAUCUUGGAGAGUGCUGGUUGCAGAAACUGCAUUGGAUUUUGGAGACGCUAAUAGUGAUAUGUUGAGCAUGGAUAUUGUUGCUGUGUAUAUAUAUAUAUAUUUGUCUAUAUAUAUUCCUAGCAAAUAACACACCUACUUUGGACUUGAACCCUCACCGGGCCUCACAUCUUCUGGAUAAGAUUAGGUUACAGAUGGUGCAUUCAUUCUUUAUUCUAGUAGACUAAAUUUGAAGUGUGUA